AUGGAAUCUCUAAUACCAGUCAUCAACAAACUACAGGACGUUUUUAACACAGUGGGCUCUGAAACAAUACAACUGCCUCAAAUCGUUGUUUUGGGAACACAAAGCUCUGGGAAGAGUUCAGUCCUUGAAAACUUAGUUGGUCGAGAUUUCCUGCCUAGAGGACAUGGAAUUGUGACGCGGCGACCACUUGUUUUACAACUUAUCCAUGUAGAUGAGUCAGACCAUGCUACACGGGUCGCGGAAGGUGAUGGUACUUCAACCGAAUGGGCAACAUUCCUACAUACAAAAAAGAUAUACCGGGAUUUCGAUGAAGUUCGUAAUGAAAUCAAAAGCGAAACUGAUCGGGUUGCCGGGGCUGGAAAAGCUGUAAGCUCCGAGCCGAUCAACUUAAAAAUAUUCAGCCCACGUGUUCUCAAUCUCACUUUGGUCGAUCUUCCUGGCAUUACAAAGGUUCCUGUUGGUGACCAGCCUGAGGAUAUUGAAACAUUGAUCAAUGAUUUAUGUCUUCAUUACAUUAACAAUCCUAACAGUAUAAUUUUAGCUGUUACACCGGCCAAUGCAGAUAUGGCUACUAGUGAAGGUCUUAAGCUGGCCAAAACAAUCGAUCCUGAUGGCCGCCGAACUUUAUGUAUUCUAACUAAGUUGGACCUAAUGGACCAUGGAACAGACGCCCACGAUCUUUUAUUGGGGCGUGUUGUUCCAGUUAAACUCGGCAUAAUUGGUGUUGUCAAUCGUUCUCAAGCCGAUAUUAAGGCGGGUAAAAAUAUUGACGAGGCAUUACAAGAUGAAGCCAGUUUUCUGCAACGACGUUAUCCAUCUCUUGCUAGUAGGAAUGGCACCCCAUUCUUGGCACGGACAUUAAAUAGACUUUUAAUGCAUCAUAUACGGGAUUGUUUGCCAGACUUGAAAACACGUGUGAAUGUAAUGGCUGCACAAUUUCAGAAUCUUUUAAAUACAUUCGGAGAUGAAAUCGAAGACCGAGGACAACUUUUGCUGCAGAUUAUUACAAAGUUUAAUACUGCUUAUUGUAAUACAAUUGAUGGAGUUGCGAAAGAUAUUGAAACGACUGAGUUGUGUGGUGGCGCUCGUAUUUGUUAUAUAUUCCAUGAAACUUUCUAUCGAACUUUGAGUAAAAUCGAUCCUUUGGGUGGUUUAUCAACUCUUGAUAUUCUAACCGCAAUACGAAAUGCUACCGGGCCAAGACCUGCUCUAUUUGUGCCAGAGGUUUCUUUCGAAUUGUUGGUAAAACGACAAAUCAGGCGUUUAGAAGAACCGAGUUUACGAUGUGUUGAAUUAGUCCAUGAAGAAAUGCAACGCAUCAUUCAACAUUGUGGUGCUCAACAAGAACUCCUUCGGUUUCCGAAACUGCACGAACGUAUAGUCGAUGUGGUCACUUCUGUAUUGCGCCAGCGCCUGCAACCGACCAAUCAAAUGGUUACUAAUCUAGUCGCUGUUGAGUUAGCCUAUAUAAAUACUCGACAUCCUGACUUUCUGGAAGCGCUAAGUACACAUCGGCAACAGGCUCCAGGAUUAGAGAAUCUGUCUCUUAACGACCAGCCGGCAACACAGGGAUCAAUUUCAGGAUCUUCACUUCGUACCAUUACUGCUUCACAUCUGACUCGUCGCCUACCUGGAACUCUUCAGCACGAAGAACAGCCCGGUUCUCUUAAUAUCAAUGGUCCAUCCUCAGAUCAAAAUCCAGAGAAUCUGCAUAUUGGACUAAGCCUUACUCCGGACAUUCAAACGGAAGUUCAACAGCAUAAGCUAACACCAAAUGAACGACAUGAUUGUGAAGUUAUUGGGAAACUUAUUCGUUCCUAUUUUCUAAUUGUUCGAAAGAACAUACAAGAUACUGUUCCAAAAGCAAUAAUGCAUUUUUUAGUGAAUUUUGUUAAAGAUAAUUUACAAUCAGAACUUGUCGGUAAAUUGUAUAAACAAGAUGAAUACAAUACAUUGUUACAAGAAAGUGAACGAGUAGCUCAGCGCCGAAGAGAAGCUUCCGAAAUGUUGAAGGCUCUUCAGAAAGCCAGUAUGAUCAUCGGUGAAAUUCGUGAAACACAUUUAUGGUGA